GCUCUCCAUUGGUUUGCAGGGAGGACAGACGCAAGACUUGAAGACAGAGGAGGGGGGCUACGACCAAAGGAGAUCCCUGGGAAGUCAUUUCUUUGACCUUCCCUCUCUUUUCUGUCUCCCUCUCUCUCUCUCCUCUCUCCCUUUACUUUUCCCUCUGUUCCCAAAUGUCUGGCGGGUUUCCCUUCUUCCCUCUCUGUCCUUCUACUUAUUAAGCGUCUCCGCUCUGCUUGGACGGUGGCUGCAUCGAUGCAAAAUGGGUUGUGGCAAUUCCUCAGCCACCAGCACCUCAGGAGGGGGUCCAGCAGAAGCCUCCAAAGAUGUGACAGAAGAUCCCUCAGCAGAAGAUGAGAAAAGAAGGAACUAUGGUGGUGUAUAUGUAGGUCUCCCAGCAGACCUGACCACUGUGGCUGCUAGUCAGUCCAAGUCUUCACGUAAAGACUAGCAGCUACUGAAGGGACCACAACACAGGACAAAAACAGGAUCCUGAAUAUUCAUUCACCUAUAGACACACAUCACAAGCAGAGAGCAUGUAAGCGCUCUGAUUCUGGCUCACCAGGCUUUAACACCGAGCGGAAGAUGUGGACAGCUUGCAGGGGCUCAGAGGACACCACCUCAUGGAGUCAUGGGUGGCACAGUGACGCAGGGAUGCGCAGUGGAGGUCUGCAUAUUGCAUCCAUCAUCACUCUUCACGUUCCAAAAAAAGAGAGGAAAAAAAGUCCUAGACUAGCACCCACUCCGGGACUGGCAGCUGUGGGCGGAGGCAGCGGGCAUUGUGACAGCCAUCUUGGCUUCUCGGUCACAUCACUGGAACAUUCUCUUUCUCAGGAGGAGACGGAGGAUCCGGCCAACUUACUAACUAACUGUGUGGGGACUCGUGCACACUCCCAAUCGCCCUCUGCAAUAAUAAUCACUGCUCAGUUUUUUCUCCAAGACGCCAUCAAUGAUUCAUUGUGUGGCAAAGACGAAGAGCAUUAGAGAGACAGAGAUAAGUCAAGAGUUUCAGAGACAGCACCAAACACAUUCCUAAUGCAUGACAGAAUAUCUCGGUGUUAUUGAAAGGAGCAUUGAUUGCAAUCAGGGACCCGCUGCUGCAACAGAAAAGACUGCGAUGACACUGAGUUAAAUCAAGAGGGUUGUAAGUGAUGUUCCUAAAUGUCCUGGGUGCACCAACCAGGUCAUACCUGGUGUUGUCACUUAAGUUGUACCCCAGACUGAUUAUGUAACAUCAGCUUAUGAGUCAUGAUACUUAAAGGAGCUCUCUCUUUCUGUCUGCCUUUUUCGCUCUCGCUCUCUUUCUCUCGCUGGCUCUCUCUUGCAGCAUUGUUGUUUUUUUCCUCCUGGAGAGCCCUGUUUAUAGUGCUUCUGGGUCAUUCGCAUAGCUCACACAAUCUUUUUCAAGGUUCCUAUAAGCAGAACUGUCGCACAGUUUGUUCAUAUCUCACAACUUGUAUGUAACGUGUAACAGCGGAAAAAAAACAA